AUGUGGAGAGACUUAGACUAUCGAGUAAACCAUGAAAGUGUUAUAGAGCCGCAAUCACAGCCCUCUGCUCUAGUGCGCGCCGCUCAGUGCCCCACUGCUCGGUGCCCGAUACCCAACACAACUGCUGCCAGGACGCUCUGCGGAGGUUGCUCAGCCGUCCAGCCCACCACAGGCGAGAUCCAGUCCAUCCCCGACAUGGUGAAGCCGCAGCUGGAGGAGAAGGCAAACAAGAGGUACCCCCUUUUUAAGGCUAUGGAGUUCAAGAGCCAGUUGGUUGCGGGUACCAACUACUUCAUCAAGAUUCAAGUUGAUAAUGACGACUUUGUGUACCUUCGAGUGUUUAAAAGUCUACCGUGUGAAAAUGCACCCUUGGCCUUGCACAGCUAUCAGACCAACAAGACCAAGAAUGAAGCGCUGACAUAUUUCUAGUUCCUGAUUUUGAACCCAGCCUGUCAUCCCCGUGGU